GUCAACCACUCAAAAUUUAAACAAGUAAACGAAAUUAAAAAAGUGGUUAGAAUAUAAAAAUGCCCCUUGAUUAUAGAAGAUUUAAUGGUCCAGACGACAGUGUGUCUUAUAAAAGAUUCACACCAGACUUUUUAAAGAGUUAUGACGAACUGUUAUGUGAAUUGCUUGAAAAAAAUAAUUUAAAAGAUGAACAAUCAGUGGACGAAGCACAAAGAGUUUGUAAAUUUUUUGCAGAAACAGACACCAUAUCUCAAGCCAAAGGUUCGGCGUAUGUUGAAAUAAAGAAUACAAAGGUCGUUUGUUCGGUAUUUGAUCCUAGAGAAAUACCUCAUCAGAAUGAAUUCAGUCACCUUGGGCAAAUAUAUUGUGAAGUUAAGUUUGCGCCAUUUUCAUGCUCUUCACAACGUAGGCCACCCGCUCCUGAUGCUGAAGACAAAGCUUUGUCUGAAGCUUUGAGACAAGCUAUAGAGCCAGCAGUUUGCAGACAUUUGUUUCCUAAUUAUCAGAUUGAUGUCUUUGUAUAUAUAAUUGAGAAUGAUGGAUCAUGUCUGGCAGCCGCUAUAAAUGCUGCAGGUCUAGCGCUCACCGAUGCUGCUGUCCCAAUGUAUGAUUUAAUAACAGCAUCUUCUAUGGCAAUACUCGAUGACAAGAUGUUUGUAGUUCCUAAUGAGGAAGAAGAGGAACUGGCAUUAAAAAGUCCAGAAUCAAAAGAUAUUAAUCAUGGAGUUAUGACAUUGUCUAUGCUCUCUGAAUUAAGUCAAAUUACAAGUUUUAUACAAAUAGGAUCAUUGGAGACAGAUUGUGUGAUAAAAGCAAUGGAUAUCCUUGAAAAAGAAUGCAAAGAACUUGUACCAAAUAUUCAGAAAAUUGUUGUCCGUAAUGUAAUAAAGAAUGUUAAACGACAACAGAUCCUACAAGAGAGUGCUAAAGAAAUGGAAGAAAUCCUUGAUGAAAAAUAUAAUCUAUGGCAAAAAUCAUUAAAAGCUAAAUCUUAUUUGUGUAAUUGUAUUUGCGUUGUUGAGAAUAUGACUGGUUUGAAGUAUUUAGAAGAACUGCACAUUGAAAAGCAAAAUGCAGACGGACCGGACGCAUUAUGCUUCGAUCCACGAACUAUGCUGGCUAUUGGUACAACUUUGAAGAUUUUAAACGUAUCUGAGAACAAGCUAACGGAUAUGGCUUGGAUAAAACCAUUACGAUGUUUGGAAGUUUUGAAUGCAUCAAAAAACAUAUUAGAAGAUGUUCAGGCUACAGCGGACGAUCUUUGCACCCUUAUUUGUUUGGUCGAUGCGAACUUUACAGGCAAUCCCAUGACGAAGAAACAUAGAUAUAAAGAAAUUAUAAUUGCAAGAUGUGCUCAAUUACGCAUUCUCGACAGUAUAGUGAUACAUAAUACAUCGAAAACUUUUCUACGAAGCUUCGAUAAAGCUGUUCGACUACGUCAAAUGAACUUUAGAAACAAGAUAGAAAUGUCAAAACAAGGCGUAGAGGAAUUCUUCGAUCUUAAUAUGAUGAGAGGUUCUACGCAAAGUGCAAUAACUGUGGGCGAACAAGCAAAAGGACAUCCUGGACUUACAAUUAUUGACUCUACUUACGGAUUUAUGCCCCGACCAUUACUGCGGGUUAAGACAAUACCACGUGAGAAUUUUGUGCCACCGUCCGAACCUCCAGCUACAACUGGAAAUGAUAAUAUGAGUGUUGCACCUGUUAAAGGAAUUUUGAAGAAACCAAUGCCAAUUAAAUAUAUUUAA